AUGGUACGACAAUCACAGAGUAUGUAUGAUAGGCAUUUAACCAUCUUUUCUCCUGAUGGAAAUCUUUAUCAAAUAGAAUAUGCUAUAAAAGCAGUUAAAAACACCAACAUAACAUCCUUAGGUGUAAAGGGAGAAAAUUGCGCUGUCAUUAUUUCUCAAAAGAAAAUGGCAACACAAUAUAUAACUCAAGAUAAGUUAUUAGAUUAUAAUAAUAUAACAAAUAUAUAUAAUAUAUCUGAUGAAAUUGGAUGUUCCAUGGUUGGUAUGCCUGGAGAUUGUCUUAGUAUGGUUUAUAAAGCAAGAUCCGAGGCUUCUGAAUAUUUAUAUAAUAAUGGAUACAAUUUAAAUGUUGAAACAUUAUGUAGAAAUAUUUGCGAUAAAAUUCAAGUAUUUACCCAACAUGCUUAUAUGAGAUUACACGCUUGCAGUGGAAUACUCAUUGGAAUGAAUGAAGAGAAUAAACCUGAACUUUAUAAAUUUGAUCCAGCAGGUUUUUGUGCUGGGUAUAGAGCAUGUGUUAUUGGAAACAAAGAACAAGAAAGCAUAAGUAUUUUAGAAAGAUUAUUGGAGAAGAGAAAAAAGAAAAUACAACAAGACACAUUAGAAGAAGACAUACAAAAUACUAUUAUACUAGCCAUUGAAGCAUUACAAGCCAUUCUUGCUUUUGAUUUAAAAGCUAAUGAAAUUGAAAUGGCUAUAGUGUCAAAAAACAAUCCAAAUUUCGUUCAACUAAGUGAAAAAGAAAUAGACAAUUACUUAACUUUUAUCGCAGAAAGAGAUUAA